AUGGUCAAACCUAAAGAAGCUAUCAGUGAAAUAGGAUUAAAUAUUGAAACAAUUUCGCAGAAGCGGCAUAAAAAACACAAGCACAAAAAACACAAGAAGAAGAAAUUAAUCCACGAAGCAGUUCUGGGAAGUUCACUGUUGGACAGAAAAAAAAUGUUGAACCGCGUCAAGAAAGUCGAAAUUGAUGACAGCAAACUGGUGAAAACUCCAGUGGGUACUUCGACCUCGCCGAAGUCCAAGAAAAAGGUUUUGAAAAAUGGAAAAGGUAAGGACAGUGGGACUAGCAGUGAAGAGGAACGUUGGCUGGAUGCUAUUGAGUCUGGAAAACUUGAGGAGGUUGACGAUGAGUUAAAAAAAAUAAAACCAAAGGAUCCAAAACUGAUGACAGCCAGACAGCGGGCGAUGUUUGAGAGAAAAACAGACACCGAGCCAAAUCCAGGAGUCGAACAGUUGAUGUCCUUGCCUACUGGGUACAAGGAAAAAGUCAUGACCGCCGAGGCAAUUCAGAAAGCUGCCUUAAAAUCUCUAAAGCGAAAGCAGAUGGCUGAUGAAAAACGGGAAAAGGAUAAGAAAAAAACUAUGGAGAGAUUAUUGAAGAAACAAGAGUCCAAGACAAAAAUAAUGUCCAAGGGUAAGAUCAAGCGACAAGUACCACUGGUGACUUAUAGGAUCACCCUUGAAGGUUCUUCUAUUUCGCUUCCUCCAGGAGUUGACUUUCCUCUGCCUCCUACUUCAAUAAAAAGAACCUUAGAAGUAAUAAAGUGCGGAGUAGACGACUGCGAAAGCCCAAAAAGAUAUUCCUGCUCUAGGACGGGAAUCCCUCUGUGCAGUCUGCGGUGUUACAAGGCAAACAUCGCUCGAAUACUAGCAUAA